UAUCCAUGCUGCCAUGGAUAGGCAAGCAAAGGCUUAAAAAAGCUAUUUCCUCACAUCGAAAAUGCUGCUUUGAUUAAUUAUUUCAGUGGUCCAGAGCGUUCCAAUCUGAGGGUCAAAAAUCUCACCACCCACCAACCUCGAUUCAUUCGACCCCAUUUGAUCAUUUCCUCUCUCGCCGCUCUGAACCUUCUAUAUUAAGACGCGCGAGUAAAUAACUCAUAGGUUUGUGGAGGGCGUUGUAAGAAGAUUAGAGAGCAAUGGAAGCACUGCAAGCAGCAAAACCAGUGAUCAAAGUGGCUGCCCUUUGUGGGUCUUUGCGUAAAGGCUCUUACAACAGAGGCUUACUUCGUACUGCUUUGGAGAUAAGUAAGGAGUCCAUCAAUGGGAUGCAGAUAGAGUACAUAGACAUAUCACCACUUCCCAUGCUCAACACGGAUCUCGAGGAUAAUGGGAAGUAUCCGCCUGCUGUUGAGGCUUUCAGGCAGAAGAUUUUGGAGGCUGAUAGCAUCCUUUUUGCUUCCCCUGAGUACAACUACUCUGUUACUGGACCACUGAAGAAUGCGAUUGACUGGGCUUCUAGACCACCAAAUGUUUGGGCUGAUAAAGCUGCUGCCAUUGUAAGCGCUGGAGGAAGUUUCGGUGGUGGGCGGGCACAGUAUCAUCUUCGCCAAAUUGGGGUUUAUCUUGAUCUUCAUUUUAUCAAUAAGCCUGAGUUUUACUUGAAUGCAUUUCAGCCUCCUGCAAAGUUUGAUAGUGAUGGCAACCUCAUUGACCCAUCAUCCAAGCAGAAAAUAAAGGAAGUUCUUCUUGCCUUGCAAGCAUUUACGCUGCGGCUCCAAGGUUGCAAUUUUAACCUCUCGGCGAUAUCAGAGUUGCCAAGGCAGAGUGGCAGAGUAUCUGAGGAAGGACCUGUUCUAAUACCAUUCACCAAAGGAAAUAUUGGGCAAAGAUUCCAUGCUAACACAGAAUACAAGCUUGGAAGAACCUCAGAACCUUAUGAUCAGUAUGAUUUGGAAACCUGCAACGGUGAAAGAAGAGUUAUUAGUCAGUUUCAAGACAAGAACUUCAAGCUCAAGGAUAAACUGUACAAUCAUAAUGCAAGGGAAAGGAUGUACAAAAUGGCACUGGCUGCAUCUUGGGUGUUGUUCCUCAUUGUGUUCAUGCUCAGUUACUGGGUUAAGAAUGUUGAGGAUGCUUGCUGCAAGAGAAAUGUGUUUAGCAGGAGCCUUGAUUUCUGGGUGGCCUAUAGUUAAGUGCUAUGUGUGUAUGCCAUGUAAAACUAUGCAUGAAAGCAUAGACAGAAUAAAAUAAAGCUGUGUGAUUGCUUGAUUAUUUAAGCAAUCUCUUGAAGUGUAAUCAAGCAAUCUCUUGAAGUGUUUGUGUGGUUAAGUUGUCAUGGUGCUGUAUGUAGUGUUCCGCAGUCGCCUUGUCCUUAUCUAAAAGUGUAGAACUCUAACAGUUUGGGAAUGUAACUUCCUAGUUAGCUUACCCUUUCUCUUUUA